AUGAGCUGCAACGGUUGUCGCGUGUUACGAAAAGGCUGCAGCGAGAGCUGCGUGAUCCGCCACUGCCUCGCGGGGAUCGACGGCGCGGAGGCGCAGGGCCACGCGACGCUCUUCCUCGCCAAGUUCUACGGCCGCGCGGGCCUAAUGGGCUUCAUCUCUGGGGUCGAGGAGAUCCAACGGCCCGCGCUCUUCCAGUCGCUGCUCUUCGAGGCGUGCGGCCGCACCAUCAAUCCCGUUUACGGCGCUUCGGGACUGCUCUGGACGGGCCAGUGGCAUUUCUGCGAGGCUGCGGUCGACGCCGUGCUUCGCGGAGGGUCGAUAAAGCCGAUAUCUGACACUUCCGCUCCAGCCGUCACUUCCCCUACUGAUCCUCCUGCUCCCCAGGUCCCCACUCCCACUGUCCGGCCGAUCGUAGCCGCUUGUGCGCUCCCUACUCCCACCGUGAUGACGUCAGCGGGGCCUGUAAUGAUGGUCGGAAACUCCGCUGCACCUUCGUCGUUCCCGCCGUCCGUUUUUCCCGCCGGCGCGCCGUUCUUUCCCGGCGCAAUGGGCGUCCUGAGGCCACGCGCUGCACCGGCAGCAGCAGCGGGCGGCGCGCGGGCGGCACCAGAGCGCACGGAGAGCCCUGCCAGCUGCCUGUCCCCCAUGGCUAGUGGCGUCAGUGGGAGCAGACCGAGUGGGCUGAGCGGGUCCAAGAGCAGCAGAGGCCCUGAAGAGAGCAGUGCACUGCUGCUGGCGCCUGUGGCCAGACGACCAAAGCUCAUGCAUGCCCCAACCUCAGACUCGCCGCAAUUCGUCCCUCCGAACCUGCAGCUCCGGACAGACCUGGGAGGAAGCAGCGCCGCACGAGUGAGAGCAGGAUCGGAAUCACUCGACUCACAUGCAACAGUAGAAGCGCCAGAUUUCUACCCACCAGCCUCGUUUCCCGCACCAGGUGCUGCAGCUAACCCGUGGCGGUCUCUUUGCAGAUCUGGGAUUGAGGAGGGGAUGCAUCAGCAGCACAGCAGCACUUUCCUGUCUGUGCAUGAUGGUGUUCACGGCAAGCAGAGCUCUCCUGCCCCGUGGUUAGCCCCGUGGUUAGCCCUGUGCCUGGCCUACGUGGGGGUUGCUGAGGUGGGCGCAUGGUUGGUCGCAUGGGUGGGUGCAUGGCGCCCGCCUCACAUCACAGAGGAGUGGCGCCCGCCUCACAUCACAGAGGAGUGGCGCCCGCCUCACAUCACAGAGGAGUGGCGCCCGCCUCACAUCACAGAGGAGUGGCGCCCGCCUCACACCACAGAGGAGUGGCGCCCGCCUCACAUCACAGAGGAGUGGCGCCCGCCUCACACCACAGAGGAGUGGCGCCCGCCUCACAUCACAGAGGAGUGGAGCCCGCCUCACACCACAGAGGAGUGGCGCCCGCCUCACAUCACAGAGGAGUGGCGCCCGCCUCACACCACAGAGGAGUGGCGCCCGCCUCACACCACAGAGGAGUGGCGCCCGCCUCACACCACAGAGGAGUGGCGCCCGCCUCACACCACAGAGGAGUGGCGCCCGCCUCACAUCACAGAGGAGUGGCGCCCGCCUCACACCACAGAGGAGUGGCGCCCGCCUCACAUCACAGAGGAGUGGCGCCCGCCUCACACCACAGAGGAGUGGCGCCCGCCUCACACCACAGAGGAGUGGCGCCCGCCUCACACCACAGAGGAGUGGCGCCCGCCUCACACCACAGAGGAGUGGCGCCCGCCUCACACCACAGAGGAGUGGCACCCGCCUCACAUCACAGAGGAGUGGCGCCCGCCUCACACCACAGAGGAGUGGCGCCCGCCUCACACCACAGAGGAGUGGCGCCCGCCUCACACCACAGAGGAGUGGCGCCCGCCUCACAUCACAGAGGAGUGGCGCCCGCCUCACACCACAGAGGAGUGGCGCCCGCCUCACAUCACAGAGGAGUGGCGCCCGCCUCACAUCACAGAGGAGUGGCGCCCGCCUCACACCACAGAGGAGUGGCGCCCGCCUCACACCACAGAGGAGUGGCGUCCGCCUCACAUCACAGAGGAGUGGCGCCCGCCUCACAUCACAGAGGAGUGGCGUCCGCCUCACAUCACAGAGGAGUGGCGCCCGCCUCACACCACAGAGGAGUGGCGCCCGCCUCACAUCACAGAGGAGUGGCGCCCGCCUCACACCACAGAGGAGUGGCGCCCGCCUCACACCACAGAGGAGUGGCGCCCGCCUCACACCACAGAGGAGUGGCGCCCGCCUCACAUCACAGAGGAGUGGCGCCCGCCUCACACCACAGAGGAGUGGCGCCCGCCUCACACCACAGAGGAGUGGCGCCCGCCUCACACCACAGAGGAGUGGCGCCCGCCUCACAUCACAGAGGAGUGGCGCCCGCCUCACAUCACAGAGGAGUGGCGCCCGCCUCACACCACCGAGGAGUGGCGCCCGCCUCACACCACAGAGGAGUGGCGCCCGCCUCACAUCACAGAGGAGUGGCGCCCGCCUCACACCACAGAGGAGUGGCGCCCGCCUCACAUCACAGAGGAGUGGCGCCCGCCUCACACCACAGAGGAGUGGCGCCCGCCUCACACCACAGAGGAGUGGCGCCCGCCUCACAUCACAGAGGAGUGGCGCCCGCCUCACAUCACAGAGGAGUGGCGCCCGCCUCACACCACAGAGGAGUGGCGCCCGCCUCACACCACAGAGGAGUGGCGCCCGCCUCACACCACAGAGGAGUGGCGCCCGCCUCACAUCACAGAGGAGUGGCGCCCGCCCCACACCACAGAGGAGUGGCGCCCGCCUCACACCACAGAGGAGUGGCGCCCGCCUCACAUCACAGAGGAGUGGCGCCCGCCUCACACCACAGAGGAGUGGCGCCCGCCUCACACCACAGAGGAGUGGCGCCCGCCUCACAUCACAGAGGAGUGGCGCCCGCCUCACACCACAGAGGAGUGGCGCCCGCCUCACAUCACAGAGGAGUGGCGCCCGCCUCACAUCACAGAGGAGUGGCGCCCGCCCCACACCACAGAGGAGUGGCGCCCGCCUCACACCACAGAGGUGUGGCGCCCGCCUCACAUCACAGAGGAGUGGCGCCCGCCUCACAUCACAGAGGAGUGGCGCCCGCCUCACAUCACAGAGGAGUGGCGCCCGCCUCACAUCACAGAGGAGUGGCGCCCGCCUCAGACCACAGAGGAGUGGCGCCCGCCUCACACCACAGAGGAGUGGCGCCCGCCUCACACCACAGAGGAGUGGCGCCCGCCUCACAUCACAGAGGAGUGGCGCCCGCCUCACACCACAGAGGAGUGGCGCCCGCCUCACACCACAGAGGAGUGGCGCCCGCCUCACAUCACAGAGGAGUGGCGCCCGCCUCACACCACAGAGGAGUGGCGCCCGCCUCACAUCACAGAGGAGUGGCGCCCGCCUCACACCACAGAGGAGUGGCGCCCGCCUCACACCACAGAGGAGUGGCGCCCGCCUCACAUCACAGAGGAGUGGCGCCCGCCUCACACCACAGAGGAGUGGCGCCCGCCUCACACCACAGAGGAGUGGCGCCCGCCUCACAUCACAGAGGAGUGGCGCCCGCGACUCACACCACAGAGGAGUGGCGCCCGCCUCACAUCACAGAGGAGUGGCGCCCGCCUCACACCACAGAGGAGUGGCGCCCGCCUCACACCACAGAGGAGUGGCGCCCGCCUCACACCACAGAGGAGUGGCGCCCGCCUCACAUCACAGAGGAGUGGCGCCCGCCUCACACCACAAAGGAGUGGCGCCCCCCUCACAUCACAGAGGAGUGGCGCCCGCCCCACACCACAGAGGAGUGGCGCCCGCCUCACAUCACAGAGGAGUGGCGCCCGCCUCACACCACAGAGGAGUGGCGCCCGCCUCACACCACAGAGGAGUGGCGCCCGCCUCACACCACAGAGGAGUGGCGCCCGCCUCACACCACAGAGGAGUGGCGCCCGCCUCACAUCACAGAGUAGAGACGCCCGCCUCACAUCACAGAGGAGUGGCGCCCGCCUCACACCACAGAGGAGUGGCGCCCGCCUCACAUCACAGAGGAGUGGCGCCCGCCUCACAUCACAGAGGAGUGGCGCCCGCCUCACACCACAGAGGAGUGGCGCCCGCCUCACACCACAGAGGAGUGGCGCCCGCCUCACAUCACAGAGGAGUGGCGCCCGCCUCACACCACAGAGGAGUGGCGCCCGCCUCACACCACAGAGGAGUGGCGCCCGCCUCACAUCACAGAGGAGUGGCGCCCGCCCCACACCACAGAGGAGUGGCGCCCGCCUCACACCACAGAGGUGUGGCGCCCGCCUCACAUCACAGAGGAGUGGCGCCCGCCUCACAUCACAGAGGAGUGGCGCCCGCCUCACAUCACAGAGGAGUGGCGCCCGCCUCACAUCACAGAGGAGUGGCGCCCGCCUCAGACCACAGAGGAGUGGCGCCCGCCUCACACCACAGAGGAGUGGCGCCCGCCUCACACCACAGAGGAGUGGCGCCCGCCUCACAUCACAGAGGAGUGGCGCCCGCCUCACACCACAGAGGAGUGGCGCCCGCCUCACACCACAGAGGAGUGGCGCCCGCCUCACAUCACAGAGGAGUGGCGCCCGCCUCACACCACAGAGGAGUGGCGCCCGCCUCACAUCACAGAGGAGUGGCGCCCGCCUCACACCACAGAGGAGUGGCGCCCGCCUCACACCACAGAGGAGUGGCGCCCGCCUCACAUCACAGAGGAGUGGCGCCCGCCUCACACCACAGAGGAGUGGCGCCCGCCUCACACCACAGAGGAGUGGCGCCCGCCUCACAUCACAGAGGAGUGGCGCCCGCCUCACACCACAGAGGAGUGGCGCCCGCCUCACAUCACAGAGGAGUGGCGCCCGCCUCACAUCACAGAGGAGUGGCGCCCGCCUCACACCACAGAGGAGUGGCGCCCGCCUCACACCACAGAGGAGUGGCGCCCACCUCACAUCACAGAGGAGUGGCGCCCGCCUCACACCACAGAGGAGUGGCGCCCGCCUCACAUCACAGAGGAGUGGCGCCCGCCCCACACCACAGAGGAGUGGCGCCCGCCUCACAUCACAGAGGAGUGGCGCCCGCCUCACACCACAGAGGAGUGGCGGCCGCCUCACACCACAGAGGAGUGGCGCCCGCCUCACACCACAGAGGAGUGGCGCCCGCCUCACAUCACAGAGGAGUGGCGCCCGCCUCACAUCACAGAGUAGAGACGCCCGCCUCACAUCACAGAGGAGUGGCGCCCGCCCCACACCACAGAGGAGUGGCGCCCGCCUCACACCACAGAGGAGUGGCGCCCGCCUCACACCACAGAGGAGUGGCGCCCGCCUCACAUCACAGAGGAGUGGCGCCCGCCUCACAUCACAGAGGAGUGGCGCCCGCCUCACACCACAGAGGAGUGGCGCCCGCCUCACACCACAGAGGAGUGGCGCCCGCCUCACAUCACAGAGGAGUGGCGCCCGCCUCACACCACAGAGGAGUGGCGCCCGCCUCACACCACAGAGGAGUGGCGCCCGCCUCACAUCACAGAGGAGUGGCGCCCGCCCCACACCACAGAGGAGUGGCGCCCGCCUCACACCACAGAGGAGUGGCGCCCGCCUCACAUCACAGAGGAGUGGCGCCCGCCUCACACCACAGAGGAGUGGCGCCCGCCUCACAUCACAGAGGAGUGGCGCCCGCCCCACACCACAGAGGAGUGGCGCCCGCCUCACACCACAGAGGAGUGGCGCCCGCCUCACAACACAGAGGAGUGGCGCCCGCCCCACACCACAGAGGAGUGGCGCCCGCCUCACAUCACAGAGGAGUGGCGCCCGCCUCACAUCACAGAGGAGUGGCGCCCGCCUCACACCACAGAGGAGUGGCGCCCGCCUCACACCACAGAGGAGUGGCGCCCGCCUCACAUCACAGAGGAGUGGCGCCCGCCCCACACCACAGAGGAGUGGCGCCCGCCUCACACCACAGAGGUGUGGCGCCCGCCUCACAUCACAGAGGAGUGGCGCCCGCCUCACAUCACAGAGGAGUGGCGCCCGCCUCACACCACAGAGGAGUGGCGCCCGCCUCACAUCACAGAGGAGUGGCGCCCGCCUCACAUCACAGAGGAGUGGCGCCCGCCUCACAUCACAGAGGAGUGGCGCCCGCCUCACAUCACAGAGGAGUGGCGCCCGCAGCACACCACAGAGGAGUGGCGCCCGCCUCACAUCACAGAGGAGUGGCGCCCGCAGCACACCACAGAGGAGUGGCGCCCGCCUCACAUCACAGAGGAGUGGCGCCCGCAGCACAUCACAGAGGAGUGGCGCCCGCCUCACAUCACAGAGGAGUGGCGCCCGCCUCACAUCACAGAGGAGUGGCGCCCGCCUCACACCACAGAGGAGUGGCGCCCGCCUCACAACACAGAGGAGUGGCGCCCGCCCCACACCACAGAGGAGUGGCGCCCGCCUCACACCACAGAGGAGUGGCGCCCGCCUCACAUCACAGAGGAGUGGUGCCCGCCUCACAUCACAGAGGAGUGGCGCCCGCCUCACACCACAGAGGAGUGGCGCCCGCCUCACAACACAGAGGAGUGGCGCCCGCCCCACACCACAGAGGAGUGGCGCCCGCCUCACAUCACAGAGGAGUGGCGCCCGCCUCACACCACAGAGGAGUGGCGCCCGCCUCACACCACAGAGGAGUGGCGCCCGCCUCACAUCACAGAGGAGUGGCGCCCGCCUCACACCACAGAGGAGUGGCGCCCGCCUCACACCACAGAGGAGUGGCGCCCGCCUCACAUCACAGAGGAGUGGCGCCCCGCCCCACACCACAGAGGAGUGGCGCCCGCCUCACACCACAGAGGAGUGGCGCCCGCCUCACAUCACAGAGGAGUGGCGCCCGCCUCACACCACAGAGGAGUGGCGCCCGCCUCACAUCACAGAGGAGUGGCGCCCGCCCCACACCACAGAGGAGUGGCGCCCGCCUCACACCACAGAGGAGUGGCGCCCGCCUCACAUCACAGAGGAGUGGCGCCCGCCUCACACCACAGAGGAGUGGCGCCCGCCUCACAUCACAGAGGAGUGGCGCCCGCCUCACAUCACAGAGGAGUGGCGCCCGCCUCACACCACAGAGGAGUGGCGCCCGCCUCACACCACAGAGGAGUGGCGCCCGCCUCACAUCACAGAGGAGUGGCGCCCGCCCCACACCACAGAGGAGUGGCGCCCGCCUCACACCACAGAGGUGUGGCGCCCGCCUCACAUCACAGAGGAGUGGCGCCCGCCUCACAUCACAGAGGAGUGGCGCCCGCCUCACACCACAGAGGAGUGGCGCCCGCCUCACAUCACAGAGGAGUGGCGCCCGCCUCACAUCACAGAGGAGUGGCGCCCGCCUCACACCACAGAGGAGUGGCGCCCGCCUCACAUCACAGAGGAGUGGCGCCCGCCUCACAUCACAGAGGAGUGGCGCCCGCCUCACACCACAGAGGAGUGGCGCCCGCCUCACAUCACAGAGGAGUGGCGCCCGCCUCACAUCACAGAGGAGUGGCGCCCGCCUCACAUCACAGAGGAGUGGCGCCCGCCUCACACCACAGAGGAGUGGCGCCCGCCUCACACCACAGAGGAGUGGCGCCCGCCCCACACCACAGAGGAGUGGCGCCCGCCUCACACCACAGAGGAGUGGCGCCCGCCUCACAUCACAGAGGAGUGGUGCCCGCCUCACAUCACAGAGGAGUGGCGCCCGCCUCACACCACAGAGGAGUGGCGCCCGCCUCACACCACAGAGGAGUGGCGCCCGCCUCACACCACAGAGGAGUGGCGCCCGCCUCACAUCAGAGGAGUGGCGCCCGCCUCACAUCACAGAGGAGUGGCGCCCGCCUCACACCACAGAGGAGUGGCGCCCGCCUCACACCACAGAGGAGUGGCGCCCACCUCACAUCACAGAGGAGUGGCGCCCGCCUCACACCACAGAGGAGUGGCGCCCGCCUCACAUCACAGAGGAGUGGCGCCCGCCCCACACCACAGAGGAGUGGCGCCCGCCUCACAUCACAGAGGAGUGGCGCCCGCCUCACACCACAGAGGAGUGGCGGCCGCCUCACACCACAGAGGAGUGGCGCCCGCCUCAGACCACAGAGGAGUGGCGCCCGCCUCACAUCACAGAGGAGUGGCGCCCGCCUCACAUCACAGAGUAGAGACGCCCGCCUCACAUCACAGAGGAGUGGCGCCCGCCCCACACCACAGAGGAGUGGCGCCCGCCUCACACCACAGAGGAGUGGCGCCCGCCUCACACCACAGAGGAGUGGCGCCCGCCUCACAUCACAGAGGAGUGGCGCCCGCCUCACAUCACAGAGGAGUGGCGCCCGCCUCACACCACAGAGGAGUGGCGCCCGCCUCACACCACAGAGGAGUGGCGCCCGCCUCACAUCACAGAGGAGUGGCGCCCGCCUCACACCACAGAGGAGUGGCGCCCGCCUCACACCACAGAGGAGUGGCGCCCGCCUCACAUCACAGAGGAGUGGCGCCCGCCCCACACCACAGAGGAGUGGCGCCCGCCUCACACCACAGAGGAGUGGCGCCCGCCUCACAUCACAGAGGAGUGGCGCCCGCCUCACACCACAGAGGAGUGGCGCCCGCCUCACAUCACAGAGGAGUGGCGCCCGCCCCACACCACAGAGGAGUGGCGCCCGCCUCACACCACAGAGGAGUGGCGCCCGCCUCACAACACAGAGGAGUGGCGCCCGCCCCACACCACAGAGGAGUGGCGCCCGCCUCACAUCACAGAGGAGUGGCGCCCGCCUCACAUCACAGAGGAGUGGCGCCCGCCUCACACCACAGAGGAGUGGCGCCCGCCUCACACCACAGAGGAGUGGCGCCCGCCUCACAUCACAGAGGAGUGGCGCCCGCCCCACACCACAGAGGAGUGGCGCCCGCCUCACACCACAGAGGUGUGGCGCCCGCCUCACAUCACAGAGGAGUGGCGCCCGCCUCACAUCACAGAGGAGUGGCGCCCGCCUCACACCACAGAGGAGUGGCGCCCGCCUCACAUCACAGAGGAGUGGCGCCCGCCUCACAUCACAGAGGAGUGGCGCCCGCCUCACAUCACAGAGGAGUGGCGCCCGCCUCACAUCACAGAGGAGUGGCGCCCGCAGCACACCACAGAGGAGUGGCGCCCGCCUCACAUCACAGAGGAGUGGCGCCCGCAGCACACCACAGAGGAGUGGCGCCCGCCUCACAUCACAGAGGAGUGGCGCCCGCAGCACAUCACAGAGGAGUGGCGCCCGCCUCACAUCACAGAGGAGUGGCGCCCGCCUCACAUCACAGAGGAGUGGCGCCCGCCUCACACCACAGAGGAGUGGCGCCCGCCUCACAACACAGAGGAGUGGCGCCCGCCCCACACCACAGAGGAGUGGCGCCCGCCUCACACCACAGAGGAGUGGCGCCCGCCUCACAUCACAGAGGAGUGGUGCCCGCCUCACAUCACAGAGGAGUGGCGCCCGCCUCACACCACAGAGGAGUGGCGCCCGCCUCACAACACAGAGGAGUGGCGCCCGCCCCACACCACAGAGGAGUGGCGCCCGCCUCACAUCACAGAGGAGUGGCGCCCGCCUCACACCACAGAGGAGUGGCGCCCGCCUCACACCACAGAGGAGUGGCGCCCGCCUCACAUCACAGAGGAGUGGCGCCCGCCUCACACCACAGGAGGAGUGGCGCCCGCCUCACACCACAGAGGAGUGGCGCCCGCCUCACAUCACAGAGGAGUGGCGCCCGCCCCACACCACAGAGGAGUGGCGCCCGCCUCACACCACAGAGGAGUGGCGCCCGCCUCACAUCACAGAGGAGUGGCGCCCGCCUCACACCACAGAGGAGUGGCGCCCGCCUCACAUCACAGAGGAGUGGCGCCCGCCCCACACCACAGAGGAGUGGCGCCCGCCUCACACCACAGAGGAGUGGCGCCCGCCUCACAUCACAGAGGAGUGGCGCCCGCCUCACACCACAGAGGAGUGGCGCCCGCCUCACAUCACAGAGGAGUGGCGCCCGCCUCACAUCACAGAGGAGUGGCGCCCGCCUCACACCACAGAGGAGUGGCGCCCGCCUCACACCACAGAGGAGUGGCGCCCGCCUCACAUCACAGAGGAGUGGCGCCCGCCCCACACCACAGAGGAGUGGCGCCCGCCUCACACCACAGAGGUGUGGCGCCCGCCUCACAUCACAGAGGAGUGGCGCCCGCCUCACAUCACAGAGGAGUGGCGCCCGCCUCACACCACAGAGGAGUGGCGCCCGCCUCACAUCACAGAGGAGUGGCGCCCGCCUCACAUCACAGAGGAGUGGCGCCCGCCUCACACCACAGAGGAGUGGCGCCCGCCUCACAUCACAGAGGAGUGGCGCCCGCCUCACAUCACAGAGGAGUGGCGCCCGCCUCACACCACAGAGGAGUGGCGCCCGCCUCACAUCACAGAGGAGUGGCGCCCGCCUCACAUCACAGAGGAGUGGCGCCCGCCUCACAUCACAGAGGAGUGGCGCCCGCCUCACACCACAGAGGAGUGGCGCCCGCCUCACACCACAGAGGAGUGGCGCCCGCCCCACACCACAGAGGAGUGGCGCCCGCCUCACACCACAGAGGAGUGGCGCCCGCCUCACAUCACAGAGGAGUGGUGCCCGCCUCACAUCACAGAGGAGUGGCGCCCGCCUCACACCACAGAGGAGUGGCGCCCGCCUCACACCACAGAGGAGUGGCGCCCGCCUCACACCACAGAGGAGUGGCGCCCGCCUCACAUCAGAGGAGUGGCGCCCGCCUCACAUCACAGAGGAGUGGCGCCCGCCUCACACCACAGAGGAGUGGCGCCCGCCUCACAUCACAGAGGAGUGGCGCCCGCCUCACACCACAGAGGAGUGGCGCCCGCCUCACACCACAGAGGAGUGGCGCCCGCCUCACAUCACAGAGGAGUGGCGCCCGCCUCACACCACAGAGGAGUGGCGCCCGCCUCACAUCACAGAGGAGUGGCACCCGCCUCACACCACAGAGGAGUGGCGCCCGCCUCACACCACAGAGGAGUGGCGCCUGCCUCACAUCACAGAGGAGUGGCGCCCGCCUCACAUCACAGGGGAGUGGCGCCCGCCUCACAUCACAGAGGAGUGGCGCCCGUCUCACACCACAGAGGAGUGGCGCCCGCCUCACACCACAGAGGAGUGGCGCCCGCCUCACACCACAGAGGAGUGGCGCCCGCAGCACACCACAGAGGAGUGGCGCCCGCCUCACAUCACAGAGGAGUGGCGCCCGCCUCACAUCACAGAGGAGUGGCGCCCGCCUCACAACACAGAGGAGUUGCGCCCGCCCCACACCACAGAGGAGUGGCGCCCGCCUCACACCACAGAGGAGUGGCGCCCGCCUCACAUCACAGAGGAGUGGUGCCCGCCUCACAUCACAGAGGAGUGGCGCCCGCCUCACACCACAGAGGAGUGGCGCCCGCCUCACAACACAGAGGAGUGGCGCCCGCCCCACACCACAGAGGAGUGGCGCCCGCCUCACACCACAGAGGAGUGGCGCCCGCCUCACAUCACAGAGGAGUGGCGCCCGCCUCACAUCACAGAGGAGUGGCGCCCGCCUCACACCACAGAGGAGUGGCGCCCGCCUCACAUCACAGAGGAGUGGCGCCCGCCCCACACCACAGAGGAGUGGCGCCCGCCUCACACCACAGAGGAGUGGCGCCCGCCUCACAUCACAGAGGAGUGGCGCCCGCCUCACAUCACAGAGGAAGUGGCGCCCGCCUCACACCACAGAGGAGUGGCGCCCGCCUCACACCACAGAGGAGUGGCGCCCGCCUCACAUCAGAGGAGUGGCGCCCGCCUCACAUCACAGAGGAGUGGCGCCCGCCUCACACCACAGAGGAGUGGCGCCCGCCUCACAUCACAGAGGAGUGGCGCCCGCCUCACACCACAGAGGAGUGGCGCCCGCCUCACACCACAGAGGAGUGGCGCCCGCCUCACAUCACAGAGGAGUGGCGCCCGCCUCACACCACAGAGGAGUGGCGCCCGCCUCACAUCACAGAGGAGUGGCACCCGCCUCACACCACAGAGGAGUGGCGCCCGCCUCACACCACAGAGGAGUGGCGCCUGCCUCACAUCACAGAGGAGUGGCGCCCGCCUCACAUCACAGGGGAGUGGCGCCCGCCUCACAUCACAGAGGAGUGGCGCCCGCCUCACACCACAGAGGAGUGGCGCCCGCCUCACACCACAGAGGAGUGGCGUCCGCCUCACACCACAGAGGAGUGGCGCCCGCCUCACACCACAGAGGAGUGGCGCCUGCCUCACAUCACAGAGGAGUGGCGCCCGCCUCACAUCACAGAGGAGUGGCGCCCGCCUCACAUCACAGAGGAGUGGCGCCCGCCUCACAUCACAGAGGAGUGGCGCCCGCCUCACAUCACAGAGGAGUGGCGCCCGCCUCACAUCACAGAGGAGUGGCGCCCGCCUCACAUCACAGAGGAGUGGCGCCCGCCUCACAUCACAGAGGAGUGGCGCCCGCCUCACAUCACAGAGGAGUGGCGCCCGCCUCACAUCACAGAGGAGUGGCGCCCGCCUCACACCACAGAGGAGUGGCGCCCGCCUCACACCACAGAGGAGUGGCGCCUGCCUCACAUCACAGAGGAGUGGCGCCCGCCUCACAUCACAGAGGAGUGGCGCCCGCCUCACAUCACAGAGGAGUGGCGCCCGCCUCACAUCACAGAGGAGUGGCGCCCCCCUCACACCACAGAGGAGUGGCGCCCGCCUCACAUCACAGAGGAGUGGCGCCCGCCUCACAUCACAUAGGAGUGGCGCCCGCCUCACAUCACAGAGGAGUGGCGCCCGCCUCACACCACAGAGGAGUGGCGCCCGCCUCACAUCACAGAGGAGUGGCGCCCGCCUCACAUCACAGAGGAGUGGCGCCCGCCUCACACCACAGAGGAGUGGCGCCCGCCUCACAUCACAGAGGAGUGGGCGCCCGCCUCACACCACAGAGGAGUGGCGCCCGCCUCACAUCACAGAGGAGUGGCGCCCGCCUCACACCACAGAGGAGUGGCGCCCGCCUCACAUCACAGAGGAGUGGCGCCCGCCUCACAUCACAGAGGAGUGGCGCCCGCCUCACACGACAGAGGAGUGGCGCCCGCCUCACAUCACAGAGGAGUGGCGCCCGCCUCACACCACAGAGGAGUGGCGCCCGCCUCACAUCACAGAGGCGUGGAGGGCUGGAUGGCCCUUAGGAUGCGGAAGCGUGGGGAGUGGAGGAAGCGAGGAGGAGGAAGCGAGGGGAGUAGAGGAAGCGAGGCGGGAGAAGAGGGCUGAAUGGCCCUUAGGAGGAGGAAGCGUGGGGAGUGGAGGAAGCGAGGUGGGAGAGGAGGGCUGGAUGGCCCUUGGGAGGAGGAAGCGAGGGGAGUGGAGGAAGCGAGAUGGGAGAGGAGGGCUGGAUGGUCCUUUAAAGGAUGAAGCGUGGGGAGUGGAGGAAGCGAGUGGGGGAGGAGGGCUGGGUGGGCGCAUGGGUGGGCGCAUGGUGGGCGAGCGCAUGGGUGGGCGCAUGGGUGGGCGCAUGGGUGGUCGCAUGGGUGGCCGCAUGGGUGGGCGCAUGGGUGGGCGCAUGGUCGGGCACAUGGGUGGGCAGGCGCAUGGGUGGGCGCAUGGGUGGGUGCAUGGGUGGUCGCAUGGGUGGCCGCAUGGGUGGGCGCAUGUGUGGGGGCAUGGGUGGGGGCAUGGGUGGGCGCAUGGGUGGCCGCAUGGGUGGCCGCAUGGGUGGGCGCAUGGGUGGGCGCAUGGUGGGCCGGCGCAUGGGUGGACGCAUGGGUGGGCGCAUGGGUGGGCGCAUGGGUGGGCGCAUGGGUGGGCGCAUGGUGGGCCGGCGCAUGGGUGGACGCAUGGGUGGGCGCAUGGGUGGUCGCACGGGUGGCCGCAUGGGUGGGCGCAUGGGUGGCCGCAUGGUGGGCCGGCGCAUGGGUGGACGCAUGGGUGGGCGCAUGGGUGGUCGCGUGGCCGCAUGGGUGGGCGCAUGGGUGGGCGCAUGGGUGCGCGCAUGGGUGGGCGCAAGGGUGGUCGCAUGGGCGGGCGCAUGGUCGGGCGCAUGGGCGGGCGCAUGGGCAGGCGCAUGGUCGGGCGCAUGGUCGGGCGCAUGGUCGGGGCGCAUGGUCGGGCGCAUGGUCGGGCGACAACAGUUAUAGAUAAAAAGCACGUGGCACUGUGA